AUGGCUAUGUUACCGGCUGUCGUCGGAGACACUCAUGGCAUCUCCCUCCCAUCGCGCUAUACAAUUCGUCCCAUAGAUAGGUCAGUUGCCGCCUGGGCCAAAGCACUUAGCAUCGAAGGUUUCAUGCUCCGUCCGUCAAUAUGGCAGCCCCUAGUCCCCGAACCGAGAACCGCCAAUGCCCUGCGCGCCUUCACAGCUCUUGAAGGGCAUUUCGCACACUCGAUUAAUAGCGGAUUAUGUUUUGGCAUCUUUGACCGUGAGUACGAAUUCAGACGCGCAAAAUCAACUAGUCAAGGGGGUGAUUUAUACUGGCAUGAAUUGGACCCUGACCAUGACGAUUUCGAAAUUAUUGGGGAAAAGCAAAUGAUUGAUGCCAUGGAUUUCCCGCUCGUUUGCGUAGCUCUUUCCGUCGAUGCGUUCGACAGGAAGCCAGACGACGCAUCAAGAGCUCUAUAUGAGUGCAUGCCGCUCGUGAAAGCCCUGGGUACAUAUUUGGCGCGUUUGGACAAACGACCUGCCAGCUCUCGCCAACCUGAUGCCCGCGGCGAGGUGAUGAUCCGCUCAGGGUGCGUCACGAAGUUAGGGUACGAGGGUCGAGGUCUCAUGACAGCUCUGAACCAUUUCGUUAUGCUGGAAGCUAAGGCCAGAGGAUAUGGGGCUGUCACUGCUGGUAUAGGCAGUCCAACGGUUUAUCGAAGCUGGAUGAAUGCCCCUGUCGGAUGUUUGAGUAGUGUUAUCGCGUAUUUUGACAUAUGGGGCAUUGAACUGGAGGACGAAGAAGGUUCAUUAGUCAGACCGUAUGCUGACUCGGGUGUGAGCCGAGAAGGUUGGCUUAUCUGGUGCGACCUGAGGUCGUGA